AAUAAGCUAAGUAAGAAAAAAAAAAGUAUUGAAUAUCUCCAAUAAAAAGAGAGAUAAAAAAGUAGAAAUUUCUAUUGAGUUAAGUUAUGCAAAGAAAGUGAUGUGUUUGUCAAAAAAAAAAUAAGAAGGUGAUGUGAUCUUUCCCUUUCGCGUUGAAAUCUCCCUUCCAAAAAACCCUCCUUUAAUUUAUUUUUUCCUUUUUACAUGUACUCUUUCACGCCUUCAUAAAUCCCACCUUUAUUUAAAAAAAAAGAAAAAGAAAAUGUGGAGCUUAAAAAAGCUGAGCUCCUACUUUUAGAUGUUCGUUUGUUGGGUUCUGUAGAUGGAGGAAUUUUAGUUUCCAAGUUUUUUCUGUCUUUCUUUCCCUCUCUCUUAUUUACUGGGUCGGUUUGUGUCGUUGAGCUUGAUUAUUACAUUUUCAUUUAUCAUUUUGUCCCGGGCCUCUAAAAUGUGAAUUUCGUCAACUUGUUUUUAAUUUUGCUAUUUCACACUCUUUCUUUCCUUCUAUUUUGUGGGUCAUAAACAUAGAUAGAUAACAAGUUGUUUAUUACAAUUCUUAAUAUCAUUUCUCUUCCAAUCUUUUUCUCUUCUCUUACCCCCUUACCACUCUCAAGAACCACCCCAUAAAUUGUCUAAAUUAAACUGCUAAAUUUAUAUAAUUACCGGAUUCGAUUCCGAAUUGUGUUAAUUAUAGUGAAUUUUGAGAGGAGAUCAUUCCGAUGAGGGGCGGAUUGAGCGCGAUCCAACAAACCCUAACGCCGGAGGCGGCGAGUGUAUUAAGCCACUCGAUCGCCGAAGCUGGCCGGAGGAAUCACGGCCAAAUCACCCCUUUACACGUGGCAGCCACCCUUUUAUCCUCUCCAACCGGGUUCCUCCGGCAAGCUUGUAUCCGUUCUCACCCCAAUUCUUCACACCCACUUCAGUGCAGAGCUCUAGAGCUCUGUUUUAGCGUCGCUUUAGAGCGAUUACCGACGGCGCAAAGCAGUGGUAAUGGUACCAGUGGAUCAGUUCACGAGCCGCCGAUAUCGAAUGCGUUAAUGGCGGCCUUAAAGCGGGCUCAAGCUCAUCAAAGGAGGGGGUGUCCUGAGCAACAGCAGCAGCCGUUGUUGGCGGUAAAAGUGGAGUUGGAGCAGCUGAUUAUUUCGAUACUUGAUGAUCCUAGUGUAAGCCGGGUUAUGAGGGAGGCUUCGUUUUCGAGCCCGGCGGUUAAAGCUGCUAUUGAGCAGGUUGUUAGCACACAACCCAAUUCUGGGCCCGGUGGUGUCGGGUCCAGAAUUGGGUUGGGUUUCAGGUCCGGACCCGGCGGCCCAUCUCCGCCGGGUGCCGUACUACAAAGGAACUUGUACUUGAAUCCUAGAUUACAACAGCCGCAAGGGAAUGAGUUGCAAGGAAAAGGGGAUGAUGUAAAAAGAGUGAUGGAUAUCUUGUCAAGGUCUAAGAAACGGAACCCGAUUCUCGUAGGCGAAUCGGGGCCGGAGGAGGUGGUCAGGGAAGUGAUUAGACGAAUCGAGAAGGAUGAAAUACGCGACGUGGUGUUGCAAGGGGUGGAAGUGAUGUCAGUAGAGAAGGAGCUCGGGUCGGAUCGUGCGCAAUUGGGAAGCAAAUUAAUGGAAUUGGGGGCAUUGAUUGAAAAGAAAAUGAUGGUGAAUUGUAAAGGAGGAAAAGGGGUGGUAAUUGAUUUGGGUGACUUGAAAUGGCUGGUUGAUCAGCCUGCUAGUCAAGGUGUAUCGGAGGCAGCUCGAGGGGCGGUCACAGAGAUGGGGAAGAUUCUAAGGAAAUAUGGCGAAGGGAGUAAAAUUUGGUUUAUUGGAACAGCUACUUGUGAGACUUAUUUGAGAUGUCAAGUUUAUCAUACUGCAAUGGAGAAUGAAUGGGAUCUUCAGGUUGUUUCAAUUGUUGCUAGACCCCCUCUUACUGGGAUGUUGCCUAGGUUGGGGUCUAAUGGAGGAAUAUUAAGUAGCUCAGUAGAGUGUUUAAGCCCGAUGAAAGGCUUUCCGAUGCCUGCUUCGUCUUUUACUAGGCGGGUUUCUGAAAAUGUGGAUCCUACUAGAAGAUUUAGCUGCUGCCCUCAGUGUACAGAGAAGUAUGACCAGGAACUUGCAAAUAUAGUUGCAGGGCAGACAGAGAAGCAAUCAUCUGAUGUAAAAUCGGAUGCUACUCGACAGUCGUUACCCCCUUGGUUACAGAAUGCAAAAUCGAAUAGUGAUGAGACACUUCAGUGUAAGGAGCAAGAUAUGAUAAUGAAACAGAAAAUGCAAGAAUUGCAGAAGAAAUGGAGAGAGACAUGUUUGCAGCUCCAUCCUAGUUUUCACAAUAAUAUGAGCUCUGAGAGAAUCAUUCCAUCACCCCUCUCAAUGACGGGCUUAUACAAUCCGAAUCUACUUGUGCGCCAACCAUUUCAACCAAAAUUACAGCAACAACCCAGAGGAGGCCUUGGGGAUGGUCUGCAGCUCAAUCUUAGUUCUCCUGUUGCUCAACAACUUAAUUCGGGAAAUCCCACAAGUACACCAGGGAGCCCGGUGAGAACAGAACUUGUUCUAGGUCCAACAAAGACCAUGGGUACAGCUCAAGACGAUGGCCAAAAGGAUGGCCUUAAAGACUUCCUCGGCUGCAUUUCAUCUGAAUCAGCUGACAAACCUGUAUCUGCCAUUCCUGAAGAUGUAGACUCGUUCAAGAGGCUGCUCAAAGGUCUGAUUGCCAAGGUGUGGUGGCAGACAGAUGCGGCAUCUGCUGUAGCUGCUGCCGUAACACAAUGUAGAUUAGGAAAUGGAAAACGUCGAGUUGGAGGGUCAAAAGGUGACAUAUGGUUGCUAUUCUCCGGUCCUGAUAGGAUGGGUAAGAAGAAGAUGGCUGCUGCUUUAUCGGAGCUUGUUUCUGGUGUGGGUCCUAUUACUAUCUCUCUUGGCUCUAGACGUGAUGGUGAUGAAUCUGAGUUUAAUUUCCGUGGUAAAACUGUGAUCGAUAAAAUCGUAGAGGCGGUUAGAAGAAACCCAUUUUCGGUGAUAAUGCUGCAAGAUAUUGAUGAGGCUGAUAUGCUAGUCAGAGGGAAUGUCAAACGGGCAAUGGAAAGGGGAAGGAUUUCCGAUUCUCAUGGCCGUGAAAUCAGUCUUGGUAAUGUCGUUUUCAUUGUUACAUCAUGUUGGAUGCCAGAAAGGCUGCGAAAUUUAUCCGAUGGCGUGGUUACACUUGAUGAAGAGAAGAUGACCUCCUUAGCAAGUGGUGGUUGGCAGUUGAAAAUAUCAAUAGGUGAAAAGGUUACCAAUGCAGGGAAAAGAUCACCGAGUUGGCUGAGUGAUGGUGAUCAGGAAAGGUCAACAAAGCAAAGGAAGGAGGAAAUGGGUCAUGGAAAUUCAUUUGAUCUCAAUCAAAUGGCUGAUACUGAUGAUGAUCGGCUCGAUGGAUCCCAUAACUCGAGCGACCUCACAGUUGAUCACGAGGAGGAGCAUGGCCACGAGAACAGGGGAUCUCCCACAACCUCUUCAGAAGCACCCAACGAGCUGCUAACUUCAGUAGAUGAGGCUAUCAUCUUCAAAGCAGUCGACUUUAAACCAAUCAGACAAAAUAUCGAAAGGUCUAUCUUAUCAAAAUUCUCAUCUACAAUAGGUGAAACAUUGACAGCUAAGAUUGAGAGGGAAGCCCUUGAAAAGAUCCUAAGUGGAAUUUGGUUAGGACAAACCACAUUAGAAUCUUGGUUAGAGAAGACCUUGGCACCAAGCAUUAAUCAGCUCAAAACAAAAUUGCCCUCAUUGGCUACCAGGGAGGGUAAAGUGGUUGCUCGGCUUGAGCUAGAUCAAGAAUCCGAAAGCCGGAAUCCUGGCGAUUGGCUACCGGGACAAAUCAUGGUGGUAUCUAAUGCCCAGUAAAAAUUAUGGUGUAUGUAGGAGAGAUGUAUAUAUACUUGAAAGUUAGUCUUUUGGCGGGAUAUUUUGUGGAAUUGUUCUAGGAGAAAUACAGUUGAGGGAAGACCAAAUACAGGGGAUACUAUAAGAUGGUUAAAAAAAAUUCUUUAGUGCAAAAGUUUAUGGUCUCUCUCC